ACACACAUGAUAUGUUUAUUUUAGUUAAUGAGCAUUAGUUUUUUAAUAUUGUGUUUAACGUGAUACUAAAUUAAAAAGAGUACUAGAAAAAAAGGAAAAUAAAUGAUUUCUGUAUUAAACAAAUUAUUAACUGCCAACAAAAUAUUACUCCAACUCCUGCCCAAUACAUUGGCCACAAGAAAAUUAACAAACACUUCCCGGGAAACACAAAAAAUGACCUCAAAUCAAGACUUUUGCACCGACAUUGUAUGGAUGGAUUUGGAAAUGACUGGUCUUGAUGUAAUUAAAGACAAGAUAUUAGAAGUAUCAUGUCUUAUAACGGAUAAAAACUUAAAUGUUCUAGCCGAAGGACCCUGCUUUGCCAUCAAUCAUCCGAAAAAUGUUUUUCGUGAAAUGAAUGAUUGGUGCAUUAAGCACCACAAUGAAUCGGGGUUGGUAGAGAAAUGCCUGAAAUCGCCAAUAACAAAUGAAAAAGGUGAACAAUUGAUAGUUGACUUUUUAAAACAGCAUAUACCUAAAGGCAAAUGUCCUUUAGCGGGUAAUUCGGUUUAUAUGGAUAGGUUAUUUUUACGUCAAGAGAUGCCCUUAGUAGAUGACUAUAUGCAUUAUCGUAUUAUUGAUGUUUCUACCAUUAAAGAAUUAGCACGACGAUGGAAUCCUAAAUUAUUAGAUGCAGCACCCAAAAAGAAAUUUGCCCAUCGAAGUUUAGAUGAUAUUUACGAUAGUAUUGAGGAGCUGAAAUUUUAUAGACAAUAUUUUUUUAAAGAAACUUAGUACAUGCAAUGCAAUCAAUCAAUAUAAUAAACGCAUAGAAAUAAUUACAAAAA